CGCUCGUGGUGCGCUCGAGGGAACGGUCGAGAGACGGUUAUCCUCCUGAACUAUUAUUAAAUACGUUUUAUCUUAUGAAAUUCUCCCCGAAAUCGUGUGAUUACGAGUGAAUAUUGGAGUGAAGUGAUUCAGUGAAACAAUAAGUUAUCGAUUAAUCGCGUAUCGUAAUUGGAGUUAAAUGCCGAGUGAUGUAAAAUAGUCCGUGGAUCGCGUUGUUUCAUAAGAAAAUGCAAAAAAAUUAGGGGUUCAAGUGGAUUUGGAGGCGUGGCCUCAGGACGUUUGGACACGUGACACUGAAAGUGUCACGCCGCCCUUGCCCACCCCUAGCCCCCACCACCCCCACCCCAUCCUCAUUUGUAUCCCCUCUCCUUUUUCCCGUGAUACCUUUAACCGAAAACAACCGAAGUUGAGGACUCGUCGCUCUUCGGAAUAGUCCAGCGACACUGACUGGUCCGGGGACUGUCACAUUCACGAAUCUGAUGACUCUCCGUCUCCAUUUCAACGCUCCCCAUGCUACCGAUAGGUGAAUUAUAGCGCAAAAAAAAAAUUGCCAACAGGUGAAAAAAAAUUUUCAGCAUUACAGAGAAAAUGCAGCAGGCUAGCCUCGGGCAGUCUAGUGUAGAAUCUUAUGAAAAAGAUUCUGAGAAAAUUGCCAGUGAAAUUGUCGUCAAGAGAGAGGUGCAGGACGACGUCCGGAUAAAGCAAGAAAUUGCGGAGGAUGAGGCGGGUAGAGUGAAUGAGAAUUAUGAUAAAAAUUACGAGGACAAGAAUAAAGAGAAUUAUGAUCGUUACGAGGGGUACAGGGGUCUAACUGAGGCUGUUAAUCUGCCGAGAAUUUCGGGCCAAUAUCCGGCGAUGCAUCCGGCGUAUCGAGCCGUCGGCCCCGGUCAGCUGAAUCCCUUCGGUUUUUCGCAUUUUUAUUCCCCAUCUAUUGUGGACAGUGAAAAAAGGACAAAUGAAGUCGCCGGGAGAAGUGACAACUAUCGUCAGCAGCUACCGUCUAAUGACACCAGUGAUGGCUUUCCCAGGGAUUAUUCGCCGCACUGUGAUUAUCAUAAAUUGGGAUAUGGCCCUGUCACCAGCUAUCGCAACUCCAUGGAGUUGGCUUACUUCAAUCAACAACAGGCGAGUCACAACUUCAGGAUGAAUUUUUAUCCGGGCAGGCAGAGGAAGUGGAGUAACUUCACCCUUAGAUCACUGCAAUCAUCCGUACCGCCAUGGUUCAUCCGGCCAGAAGCUCCGGUCUCCACUGGUGCGUCCUUAGCUUCGAGGAUUCGUCCGGAUCUCUCUAAGGCGUCCGAACCCCCGGAUAACGUCAAAGUUCACGGACAUACACCCACCAUCUGCACGUCAAUCAGAUGCACCGUAAAUGGCUGCACCUGCGACUCCUUCACCCCGGGCAAACGUCACCUUCGCUACUGCGACAAGUGUCAUCACGGCUGGGUUCUGCACGCCCUAGCACGGCUGUCAACCCAUCCGCCUGUUUUGCCGUCAAGUGGUGGGGAUGUCGCCACCGGCCCACGAUACACUGGUAGGGAGGACAAAAGCGCCGUAGGGAGGGUAAAGCUAAACGCGGAGUCGCGCAGUGGGGAUGAUGUUGAGGUCGCAAAGAAGGAGGAGAGUCGACCGGCUUCAGAGACUGUCGAGCCGACGGCCGUGUUUGACGUCGCAUCACUCGUCCUUUACGGCUCACGCGCACUACCAAUACGACUUAAGAUAUUGCUUGAUCAGUUGUUUAAUCAGUUGUCCAACGCGAAAGUGACAAGACUACUAGCCGCAUUCGGCUGGACCCACGAGGAUUACACAAGAGGAUACAUACUGCAGGACUCGGAGAACGGUCCACUGCUCGAUAGAUGGAGCAUCUGCUCAGGUGAAGAGGAGCCGCUGGUGUUGCAGCAGUUCCUGAGAUUUCCAGAGACGCGUCCUUUUGUGCAGCAACUACUGCUUGCUGCCAGUACGACAGUGUCUACAGAUGUAAUGUCACCAAGUAGACGACCAUCACCACCUACUAUGCCACUGGCCCAUCUGCCGCCAUCAUUACACUUAUUGCACAGUCGUUUGCCACAUCCUGGUUCACGGUUACCACCACCAUUGCCACCACCACCACCACCACCACCGCCGCCACCACCAGUAACACACUCAUCGAUGUCGCCAUCCGCCCAACAGAAACACUUUUCCCCGUCAACGUCGUCAGCUAAUCACAGCGGUGGAUCACCACCGAGAACACUUGACUCAUCCCACUCUCAUCUCGGAUCACCACUGAAUCGAUUGCAGAGUAUGCAGCCCUUUGAUUUUCGAGAAUUGGGUAGUCUUGGUCUCGCUAGUUUUCCACAUCUAGCCCCACCACCACUGGAGCAACUUAUGCAAUCGAGAAAAUCACUGAGACACGCGCAAAGUCCACAUAGCCCACCGCAUCACUCAUCAGCAUCACAGCUCAGGCCACCGAUGCCAGUGGCACCGAUCUCCACGACAGCUCUGGCAUUUGGUCAUCCUUUGGCUGUGGCGGGUUCGUCAGGUGCUCUUCCACCAAAUUUUCCUGUAAAUUUCUCUCAUCCUUCUUUGGGCAAGCUAACGGCAAGCGCCGCAGGUGCUGCGCAACAUGAUGCUCAAAGUGUUGGGGAAAAGAGCAGUGAAUUUGGAUCUGAGACUGAAGAUGAUGACGAAAACUCUGGUAGUGCAUUGAACCUCAGUAGGAGGGACUCAAAUCUUAAAAUGGAUAAGCAAAGAUUGCGAUCGCUGACGGUUCAGCCAGCAACGGCGUCUCUCGGUAGGCCACCAACUCUCCCAGGAAGAAAGUCCCAAUCACCAGGAAAACGCAAUCAAUGGGGGACUACAUCAAAUCUACCCCCUAACUUGGGUACACCAUUUAUCAAUCCGGCGACAGGAAAGAAACGAGUUCAGUGCAAUGUAUGUUUAAAGACAUUUUGCGAUAAGGGGGCCCUGAAAAUUCACUUUAGUGCUGUUCACCUGCGUGAAAUGCAUCAGUGUACGGUGAAGGGUUGUAACACCAAGUUUAGCUCAAGGAGAUCAAGAAAUCGUCAUAGUGCUAAUCCAAAUCCAAAAUUACACUCACCACAUUUGCGGCGGAAGAUAUCCCCGCACGAUGGGAGAUCAUCAAUGGCCCACGCACUCGUUUUACCUCAACAAAUUGGUCUGCCGGUGCCCGCCAGUGGAUUGAAUCAUCUACCGUUCGGUUCAUUUCCACUGCUGACGCCACCGCCCGAUCUCCGAUCACCAGCCUCUCUCUGUGGAUUGGACUUCAAACACCUGGAUCUCUCGUCGACGCAGAGCCAAGCCAUGUCGUACGAAGAAGCUAUUCAUCAGAGAAUGAUCACAACGACUGCCGCCACUACAACUGCGCCCUCGUCAGGACCCUUCACCUUCACCACAUCGACGACCCCCAGCACUCUUAUCAGGGGCUCAUCGAGUACAACGAGUACUGCAGGAGGUAAUUCUCCAUCAUCUCAGACACCCUCAAUUAUUCUCGAGGGUGAGGAGGACGACGAUGAUGAAGAAGGGAUCGUAAUCGUUGGCGAUGAAAUCGAAGCCCUUCAGGCAGCAGCUGCUAGAAAUGAAGAGGAGUCUCAAUCAGCUCCUUUCAAUCUCGCCAAAAGACCAAAGCUCUCCAUCACCGGUGACGUACAGGACGAGGAUCUCGUCAGCAAUACCGAUAGUGUAGAUGAUACCGACUCUAUGGGUACGGUAGAACACCAUGUUCCCUCCUUCAAUAAUAUAAACUCUCAGUUGAAUAAUACUACCACCUUCAACAAUCGUGGAGUGAGAAAGAGGAAAUCCCAACACCCGACAAGGUGUGCAGUUCCCACAAAUGUCCAUUCACCAAUGACAGACGCGGACUCAUCGAAUGACGCAGUCUUCCAGGAUCAACCCGAAGACAUGUCAAUGUCGAGACUCGAGCAGCAGAGGAAGAGUUCACCUUCCCCGAGGCACUUGAACUUUAACAAUCAAUCUCACUCACCAUCGCCAGACCUCAAGGAGCGGAGAAACAGUGAUCUUGAGAACGGUAGGGAUGAUCUACAGAAUGAACCACGUGAUCUCAGUUCAGGGGGCAAUAGCGUACGAUCAGCAGCGAAAAGGUCGUACUCGCCUGAGCAAAUAAAACGCGAGCCAUCAUCACCGAAUGCAACGAAUGAUGAACGAAUUAAUAACAGCAGUUCCGCCAAUGAUAUCCGUCGCUCCAGUAUUGAUGGGCCGUUGAUGGCAGGCCUCAAAGAGGAGAAAUCCCGACGAGACGAGGAGGAACUAAAGUCCUUUGUGAAGGAGGAACUCUCGGAGGAUGAUCGUGCCACGGGUGAGACGUCACGUCUACCACCAGAGGACGGCGACUACCCCGAUGACGAUGAAUCAAAGGAUCUUAAUCAUCGCAAACGUCAAGGUGAGCGUCCCGAUGUACCCUCCCGUGCCCCGAGCUCGGUCGACAGCUAUCCGACCGUUACCGAUGAACUAUCCCUCGACUCCUCGAAUGCUUUGCGUCAACUCGAGUCCUUGUCGCAGGGUCGCAUGAUGGGUCCAUUGACGGCACCAGGGAGGGACAGACAAGCCCCAUCGAGGCCUGGCAGAGUCUCUAUCAGCCCAUCCACCAGUCCAACCAUGAUCCAGGACAACAUCAUGGACAACUGCUCACGUGGUUCGCGUUCAUCCAGCGGCUCGCCAGCGGCUAUGGAUACGGACAAUAGUCUGAUCACGUACGCUAGAUAUGAGAAUGGUGGCUUUGUUAGUACCCAAGAGGUACCACUGGAUCGUGAAAAUCCACGUCGAUGUACAGCUUGCGGCAAGGUCUUCCAGAAUCAUUUCGGGGUGAAGACGCAUUACCAAAAUGUCCAUCUUAAAUUGAUGCAUCGCUGUAGCGUUGACGGUUGUAACGCUGCUUUUCCAUCGAAGAGAUCACGUGAUAGGCAUUCAGCCAAUCUAAAUCUUCAUAGGAAGCUGUUGUCGACGUCUUCGAGUCCACCAUUAUCGGCAAGUCUCCCAUCGAGCUUAUCACCGAGGAUCGAAGAGUCCCAGUUAAAUCCUCUCCUUCACAAUGACUUCCUCGCAAGACUCUACGCCGACGCUGGUAUUGGCGCACUUGGUGGAUAUCCCCUGUCAUCUGCAGUAGAUCUUGCUGCGAGAAUACCACCACCACAUCUACUUCUACCACCUCAUCUCGGUGGUUUCCCUGGCCUCUCAUCCUUCGCCAGUCAUCUCGCUGGUCUCAACGGUCUCACCCACCAACACUUCAGCCAACUCAAUCAUCUCAGCAGACUUGGACACGAGGGUCACGAACAGCAGCCAACGUCACCCAUGUCAGGUCCAACCUCACCGGUGAGAUCACCAAGUCCAAGUGAUGAACGUAACGAGCAAGUUAGGUGUAAUGUACCCGGAUGUGAUAGAGUCUUCGGUUCACGGGCAGUACGCGAUGCUCAUUCGCGCGAUCCUCAGGCCCACAGAGAUCUAUCGACAAUAUCAACGAGCAGCUCGUGACCGACAUCACCGUAUCCGCUCGCGAUCACACGACGCGGCUACGAUUCUUUCCCGUGAUUCCAAAAAUAUUUUCAUCCGCUAAAUUAUUCAUCAUACGAGAGUUGAGAUGUCAAGUAUUCGUCUGAUGUUUCCAUCUUAAAGGGUUAAAUUACUGAUUAAAAUAUUGUGCAUCAUAAUAAAUGUGCAACUACACGUGAACUUGAACAUUCUUCAAACAAAUUCCAAUGUAUAUUACACAUCUAGUAAUGAAUUCUCCGUUAAUAUUUUUGCAAAUGAUAAUUUGACAAAUUAUAUAAUUUGCAGUAAUAUUUGCACAUGAGACCAUCUUCGAGAUGGAUAACUUGCAGUCAGACGAAUCAUCCAGUCACUUCUGGAGCCAAUAUAUAAAGUCCUCAAUUUUGACUCGUUUCUAACUUGUAAUUGAUUUUAAAAAUAAUCAAUGACUGCGACUACAAAUAGUCAUAUUUAUCAAAUCGACGAAAACGAAUAUAUAAAUUGAUUAACGAUAAAGAAGUCAUAAAAUUCCGUGAAAAUUUCAUCAUCGUUGUGAUUUGCAUACGUUAGUGAUGGUACUGCUAAAAUAAUAUUUAAUCUUUAACUCAGCCCUAGUGAAGCUGUAUAUAUAUAAUCGAUGUAUUUGUCGUAUAGAAUUGUUUUCAUUGGUUCAUCAAUGGAGACUAAAAACUGAUAAUGAUUUUACCGGUAAUUUCAUUCAAGCCAGAGAUGGAGUAGAUCGAACAAAUAAUACGCAAUCUGAGAAGUUUUUGGCACUCGACUGUUGGGAUUUUUGUAAAGUUAUCGUUAAAGCAUUCGCAAGGAUCGCUGAAUAAUUAAUGGCAGCUAGGUAUUUGCAAUAACGAAAGUGGAGAAGAUAGGAGAGAAAAUUCCAGAUGUGUCAUGAAAUCCAAAAAGCGGUGAUAUCAUAUAGUGAAUUAUUAAUUGGACAACUGACAGCCCAGUGAGGAUUGCAAUGACACGCUGGUAUCAUAGACUUAAAGAAGAAAAAAAAAUUUUAAUCGAACGAAAGAACAUAGAUAGAUAUUAUUUAUUUGUUUCCUAGGGAUCAUAUUAAUGUUAAUCUGUCAUGGGCGGCCAGUAGCGGGCACUGCCGCGUCAACUUCCUCUUUCACUAACCGCGUAGAAAAAUAUUUAUUUUUUCGAUGUUUUUUUUUUCAGGAUACAUAGAUUUCUUCCAAAAAAUAUUCCAAAGACAAAUAUUUUUCUACGUGAGUAGUAAUACCGAAUGAAGGAUAAAGAUGGAGUUGAUAUGAAUUGUCGUAAACGUCGUGAAUAAAAUGAAAAACCUCUCGUCGAUUGUAUGAUUAAUCGGUCGUAAUAAACAGGAAGAGUUAUAAAAUGAUGUGUGCGUAUUUAAUGGGCACCAAGAGUCGAUUGUAAUAUCGCUGGAAAAUAAGCACUUACUGCCUGUUGAAUUAUAUCAUUGUAAUCGCACCCCCCCCCCUCCCGCUCCGGUUUAAGUGAAUAAUAUGGAAAAUUCAAGUAUGCCGCCUACGAGACAUAAAAAAAAAAUUCGCUUUCAUCGUUCUCCUGUACCAGUUAUCUUCGGUUGUACAUACGUUGGCUAAUUUUAAAAUGAGAGUAGAGGAAGGAAAAUGUGUUAUCCCUUUUACAUAGACCGCAAUGAAUUUAGACGUGAAAGAAAUUUUUCUACGCGCUUAUCUUCAUUAAAAUCAUUUUUUUUUUCAUUUCAUCGAGCCGAAUUUUUCAUUAUCUCAAUUUAUCAAUUAUGUCAUCUCAAUUUUUUGAGGUGAAUCGCGUUGAGGGAGUAUUAUUGUACCCUCGUCAUUCGUUAAGGGUCAAAUUUACGAUUGUAAUUAUGUAUAAAUUGAACGCUAUAUAAUGUAUAUUAUAGAUCAAUUAUAAAUGAAAAUCACUCAUCAUUAUGAAAAUAAAAGUAACUAUAUGGAAAUCUCAGUGGUGAUUAGUCUUGUACC